AUGUACUCAGGGUCAAGCAGUGGAACUCGCUGCCUGCGAAUGUUCCGCGCGCCCAUGGGCGGGCGAUUCCUCGAUGGUGGUGGCAGAAAUCGGAGCAAGGUGUCGAUGUGGCUGCGUGCUGCAUUUAGCUCCAAUCGCUCGUCUCCUGGCCGGUUCCGCCAAGGCGUGUCCGGCGAGGCAGAGGAAGGGUUAAUAGUCCGAGUUCGAUUCGAGGCGGUCCGCUUACCCUGCGCGGGACAGUCCCUCCGGGCUCGUGACGGAGACUCGUUGGGGUCGCCCCUCUUGGCCUCGUGGGACGGACCCGAUAGCACCGCUGUGUCCAGUGAUGUAGAAACUACGACUGAUAGCAACGGGAUGGUGGAAAUAACAGGCGGACGGCACAUCCUCGUCGAACUGCGCUCCAGUGACGUUAGUGACCGAUGUGCUGGCGGCUUUUUGGCGCACGCUACGCAGAGUGAGCCGAUUCGCAACGCUUCAGCUGCUUGGGCGUCAGUCGCCAGCGUAGCCUGGUGGAGAGGUGGUGGGGGCGCUCGAGCAGCAGCAGCCACACUUGCUGCACUAGCAGCCAUAGCAGCAAUACUACUGGCUAUACAUUCAGCGCACAGAACUCGAGCAUAUCAGCGAGCUGCUGAUAAAGAGUCUCUUACCGAUAGUGAUGCUUGUUCUGCGUCGCUAGAAUUGGGUGGAGCUACAACCGGUUCUCGAAGUACGCUGCUCAGUGAAGUGGUUGGGGGUGGAGUUUCUCUUCGAAGACUUCUGCCUGGACGACGUCGGCACACCAGACUCCGGGACAGUGACAGGAGUUCAGAGCAUGUUCAGCAAAGGGACGAGGACGAUGCAACAUCGGAUAACGAAGGUGACGCAGUAAGCGUAGCCAGUGCUUGCAGCGGUGCGAGCCAAGUUUCGCAGGCGACAGUAACGCCAGAGAACAUCUCAUCUAGCAGCGCCCCCGUCGCUAGUAGCGUCAGACAGUCUCCAUUGCGACGGUCGCAUACGGUGUCUACUCAUGUAUCUGUACAAAUAAGCUCACCACCGCAAGCAUCAACCAGCGAAGCAGUCACAGCCGAAGUCAGCACCAGCGUGACGAGCGUGAGUGAGCGAGACAGCUGCAGCGAGAAGGACCACGACAGUGUGUGGGACAAGGAUGCUCAGAGUGUAGCCUCUUCGACUUCGGCAGCUACGCUAACUAACGGUUGGUACUCACCAGCGUUAAGCGGAGUGUCGGCAGCCCGCAUUCGCGACAACCCUAAGCACACAAAAGAGAACUGCAACAGGCGACUUUUGCGGUCAGACCUCAGCCUUACUUCGCAUCCCGAAAUGGAGAUAGAUUAUUACGAUUAUGAAGUCAACAACGCGGGUUCAGUUCCCGGUUCGUAUUUAGGAAUGGAUCCCGCUUUCUUGGUCUGGAUACCGCCGUUGGAUGAAGGGGAUAUCAUAAAAGAAAUGGAUGAAAACAAAGCUCCCAUUUACGAAGAGGUCGUGCCAAAGGAGCUCAGACCAGAUCCAGGCAGCAACAGAGAAUCACCGGAAGACAGACCGACGCUCAAAAGAAUCCCGACUAAUCGCUCCAACGAAUCCAUCAAAUCCAUGCGCAAGGUCAUAGACAGAAGCAGCGUCAUACACCCGCUCAAUUUCAGCAUCAGUGACUUGCAAAAUUCGCCCCAACUCCCGAAGAGAAACAAAAGGAAGAAAUCCGAAAUUCCCGUAAACAUUCCGAUGAAAGAUUUGACCUUGAUGUCCCCAGUGAAGGUCCACAAAAAAUCUGAUGACUCGACCCUAAAACGAGUUCUGGAAACGAGAGAAAAGGACAGCACUUUGAAAAGAAAUGAUUUUAACGAUAUUAGGUUUGCUGACGAUUCGUCGAAUGAAAUAAAAUUCGACGAUUCCCCAGAUAGCAAUAGGUUAGUUGACAAGUUCGAUGUUAAAGUAUAA